UCACUCCGCUGUGUGUCUGAAGCCGUUGUUGGCUUCUUACCGCCGGGUUUUAGCUUCAAUAUUAUAACCUCACCACAGUUCAACUAUGCGCUAAAUGGAGCAACCUUGUAAUGGAUUAAAGCGACAACAUGGUCUGACUUAAACGUUAGAGCGAAUGGAAGAUACCGUCUGUUGGAAGUUUUAACCCAAAGUCCAGAGACGAGGCGGCCAUCAUGUGCAACUGAAGACAUCUUGAUGAUCACAUAGGCUGCUGACCUGUGCUGACCCAAUGGUUUAACUAGCAGGACUGAAAAUGAGCAUAAGCUGUGAUGAGGUCAACUUCCUGGUUUACAGAUACCUACAAGAGUCAGGCUUCUCCCACUCAGCAUUCACCUUUGGCAUAGAGAGCCACAUCAGCCAGUCGAAUAUUAAUGGAGCCUUGGUGCCCCCUGCUGCCCUCAUCUCCAUCAUUCAGAAGGGCCUGCAGUAUGUGGAGGCUGAAGUCAGCAUCAAUGAGGAUGGGACCUUGUUUGACGGACGGCCCAUUGAGUCGCUGUCUUUGAUUGAUGCCGUUAUGCCAGAUGUAGUCCAGACCAGGCAGCAGGCCUACAGGGACAAACUGGCUCAGCAGGUGGCAGCUGGCAGCAGCAGCACAGGGCCACAGGGAAGCUCCAAGAAUGGAGAGGGAUCCACCAAUGGCAAAGAAAAUGGAUCACAUGCCUUAGCCAAUAACCACUCAGACAUGAUGGACCGGGAUGUGGAAAUCCCACACAGUAAAGCCAUGGUCCUGAGAGGCCACGAAUCGGAGGUUUUUAUCUGUGCCUGGAAUCCAGUAAACGACCUCCUUGCCUCUGGGUCUGGAGACUCAACGGCACGCAUCUGGAACCUGACUGAAAACAGCACAGGUGGAUCCACCCAGCUGGUUCUGAGGCACUGCAUACGGGAGGGCGGUCAGGAUGUACCCAGCAACAAAGACGUCACCUCACUGGACUGGAAUAGCGAGGGCACAUUACUGGCAACAGGCUCAUAUGAUGGCUUUGCUAGGAUAUGGACAAAAGACGGAAACCUGGCCAGUACUUUGGGUCAGCAUAAAGGCCCGAUAUUUGCACUCAAGUGGAAUAAGAAAGGAAACUUUAUCCUCAGUGCUGGAGUAGAUAAGACAACAAUUAUUUGGGACGCACACACAGGAGAAGCAAAGCAGCAGUUUCCUUUCCACUCAGCACCAGCUCUAGAUGUAGACUGGCAGAACAAUAACACGUUUGCCUCCUGUAGCACUGACAUGUGCAUCCAUGUGUGUAAGCUGGGUCAGGACAGACCUGUCAAGAGUUUCCAGGGACACUUGAAUGAAGUGAAUGCCAUAAAGUGGGAUCCCACAGGCAACUUGUUGGCCUCCUGCUCUGAUGACAUGACACUUAAGAUCUGGAGUAUGAAGCAGGAUUCAUGUGUCCAUGACCUCCAGGCCCAUAGUAAAGAAAUCUACACCAUCAAAUGGAGCCCCACAGGCCCUGAGACCAAUAAUCCCAGUGCAAACCUCAUGCUGGCCAGUGCAUCAUUUGACUCAACUGUACGUCUGUGGGACGUGGAACGUGGGGUGUGUAUCCACACACUGACCCGCCACCAGGAGCCCGUCUACAGCGUGGCCUUCAGUCCUGACGGCAAGCACCUCGCCAGCGGCUCCUUCGACAAGUGUGUCCAUAUCUGGAAUACUCAGACGGGUGCUUUAGUGCAUAGCUACCGAGGAACAGGUGGGAUCUUUGAGGUGUGCUGGAAUGCUGCAGGGGACAGAGUUGGAGCCAGUGCGUCAGAUGGGUCGGUUUGUGUGCUAGAAAUGCGGAAAUGACACCAGUGUGAAGGAGCUAUGGACCGACUACGAAUGUGUUCAUGGCCAAAUGACUUUCCCUGCCUGUCCACCACACUGCUGUAGUCCCAUCAGAGUCCGCGGCACGCCGUCGCAGACGACGAGAGCACUCGCUUCUUCAUGGACAUGGUCAUCAGACACAACCCGGUCUGGACAGUAUGGACAUCGGAAGAGUAUGUCUAACAUUCCUUGGAUCCACAACAGAGCAACCAAAACUCCAGGAUCCUUCCAUCCUUUCAUCUUCUUUUCCACUAGAUCGGAAUUGUACAGGUUUUGUUACCUGUUGGUGUGUGCAUUUUAUACACAUCAGAAUUUGCUGCCCUGCAGAGAGCUGCAUGUGGGCUUUAAUGCCCUUAACUCGAUUUAUAUAAGGACAUGUAAGUGGAAGGGAAGGAAGGGGUUUCUGAGAAAUUCCAUUGGAUUUUCAUUUCCUUCAUUUGAAGAUCUGUUCAUUUCCUGUCUGCUUCCAUGAAUGCAGAAAAUGCAGAUUUAAAGAUUAUGACAAAUGCUAACUCUUUUUAUGUCCCGCAGAUGUUUCUGUUGUUGCCAUUUUUACCACUGAGCAGUGCCUUGCAAAAGUAUUCACAUCCCUUAAAACUUUCGAGUUACAGCCAGAAACUUCUGUCUAGUCUAUUGGGAUUUUGUGUGAUAGUCCAACACCAUACACGCAUAGUGAAAAGUUUGCUAAUCAUUUGUAUACAGUUGCAGUAACAGCUGCAUAGAGAAAACAGCUGACCCGUUCAUAUUUCCAAACAAGCUUUAGCUCAGUCAGAUUAAAUAAAGAGCAUAUGUGAAAAUCAA